AUGGCGUCCAGCGUCUUCCGUCGCUAUGAGAAGGAACCUGGCGCUGCAUCUUCCACGUCCUCACAACAAGAGAAGGCUGAACUAGACUACAAGCAUGUCAAGGGCGUCAAGUCUUCCGCAUUCUCCAAGAACUGGCAGACUAGCUCCGGGCUCGCUGCCAUUGACUCAGCGCUUGGAGGUGGGAUCACAGUCGGUACUGUGCUGCUCGUCGUCGAAGAUUCUCCGACGAGAUGCUAUGAGCACAUCUUCAAGCACUGCAUAGCUCAGGGAGUGCAACAUGAACAUAACGUGCUGCUUUGUGGAGAGGGCGGGAGGAUCUCGGACGAGAUUCCCUCCCUGAUAGAGAACGAGAAAGACGACGAGCUAAGGAUAGCAUGGCGAUACAAGGAGGCGAUACAACAACAAUCUAAGCUGAAGACACAGACAUCAGGUCCGUCAUACUGCGACAGGUUUGACAUAAGCAAGAGCAAACCUCUAUCGCCGGAAAUCCGCGAGAAAUUUUACAAAGAACUUCCCAUAACAAGGGAGGCAAAUGGAGAGAGUCAAGAGACCGAGUCAUCCCAGUCGCACUUCCACCUGUCGCACUUGCUCGACCAGAUCAAAAACGCGGUCAAGUUGGAAGAAAAGCUCUGCCGAGUCAUGAUUCCAUCCUUGGGGUCCCUCUCCUGGUUCUCUCCAGGGCGACCCCGGCAGAGCUGCGAGAACGACCUCCUCGUCUUCGUCAAGAUGCUCAAAGGCAUGGUCCGCAGAUCCCGCGCUGUCGUCGUGAUGUCCGUCCCGCCAUGGUUGGCACAGACAGACGCUGGCAGCAGGCUGAUGAGGAUCAGUGACUAUAUCCUGCACCUGGACAGCCUGGCGGCGUGCGACGCGACGGUGAGGCAGCAGUACAAGGACUACGUUGCCUUCGCCCACCUCCGCAAGGUUCUUCUCCUGCAUUGGCCGAGCACCAGCCUCAUCUCGCGUUGCUUACAGACCAUCCAGUUCGACAGGAUGCACGCGGCAAACCCUGAGGAAGUCUCUUCUUCGAAGCCGAGCGGCCAGGUGGCUGGUGGACUAGAAGUGUUCUGA